UGUGUCACACCAAUCUAACAUACCCAUAGCAACGGUUGUUUCUAGGCUCAACAACAUUCAGUGUACAGCUCUUGAAGAACUUUGAACAUUCCAACAAAAUGACAACUGUUCGGAGACUCACUGCCUCUGAGAGGGAACGGCAGUUACAGAACUACCGUCGGCAUGAAGAAGUACGGGAAGACACCAUCCGUCAGUUAGGUACCCAGAAGUUGUUAGAGGCUAAUAUGAGUAAUGAAGAAAAACUCUCAGAGAAACGUUACAUCAGACGAAUGAUGAUGGAGCAGAAAGAGAGAGAAAUGGAGGACACGAUUCUUAAGGCACAGAGAGACAGAUUGAUCAGAGAAGAACAGAUGUUACAAGAAGAAAGAUUGGCUCAGGAAAUGGAGAAACAUAAACUUGAAGGAAUGAGAGAUGAAAAAAUGAGACAACAAAUAAGAGAAACAAGCCUUGAGCUUCGAGAGCUGGAAUCCAAACUGAAGGCAGCUUACAUGAACAAAGAAAGAUCAGCUCAAAUUGCUGAGAAGGAAGCACUGAAAUUUGAUAAGAUGAAACGAGAUUCGGAGAUUUCCCGACAGAUGAAGGAAGAACAUGAGAGAGCAGGUGAGGCUGAGAGACAGAGGGAAGUAGAAAGAUACAAGGAGCAGAUCCGAUACCAACAGGAACUAGAGAGACAACUAGAGGAGCAGGAACACAAGAAACAACAGGCCUACGAGGAAUUCCUCAAAGAGAAACUCAUGAUUGACGAAAUUGUCAGGAAGAUUUAUGAGGAGGACCAAAGAGAAAGAGAGCUUGCUAUGGCCAAACAGAAAGCCACACAAGCCUACAUAGAAGAGUUCAAGAAUGCUAGGGAGGAAUGGAAAAUCAGAGAGAGACAGCGCAUGGAAGAGGAGAAUAUUAAAAUCCGGGAAUUCGCCAGACUACAACAAUUACGAGAAAAUGAAAGAAUGGAGAGUAAAAAAGCCAAAGAAGCAUCCAUGGCUCGUGUUCAAGAGGCUUUGGCACAAGAUAUUUCUAGAAAGGACGAAGAAAGGGAAGAGAUGGAGAGAGUCCGAAUGGAAUUAUACCAGGAAGAACAAGAAGAGAGAGAAAGACAAAAAGAAAGAGAAGACAUGGAGAAACGUAUCAGGCAAAAGUUGGAGUUACAAGAAACACAUGCCCAACAGAUGCACUUCAAAAAUCUGCGGAGGAAGGCAGAAGAAGAUGAAGAAGAAGAAUUUAGAAGACAGAUGUUGGCCAAAUUUGCAGAGGAUGAUCGCAUAGAACAGAUGAAUGCUAACAAACGUAGAAUGAAACAGCUGGAACACAAGAGAGCAGUUGAGGACUUAAUUGAUAGAAGACGAGACCAGUUUGCUGCCGAUCGUGAACGUGAGGUAGCAGAGAGACGUGAAGAGGAGAGAAUGGAAGGCUUUAGAAGACAGAUCAUUGAAGAAGAGAGACAGAAAUUGUUAAAGGAACAUGCAAUGAGGCUAUUAGGUUAUCUACCAAAGGGAGUGAUACGAGACGAAGGAGAUUUAAACAUGUUAGGAGGAGAUUUUAAAGAAGCAUAUAAAGCCAGACAAAUAGAUCCAUUUGAUGAUGAGGCCUGGGACCAACGGCGAUGAAUACUGCUAUUAAAUUAGUUAACAUUCAGUCCAUAAAACCUUUAUUUAUUGUAUGAUGUAUACUUCAAACUUUUGUGAAGAAGAAAAAAGUAUAUCUUGUUUGUUUAAGAAGUCUCGAUAGUUGAAUUAUUACGAAAGAGUCUGUUUCAUUAUCUCAAAAUAGUUCCUCAAAUAAAUAAAAGUUGGCCAGACCUCUUCACUUUAUUUGCAGAGGUUUAAUUUCAGUUCAAUUAUAAUCUUUAUAAUUCAACCCUUUGAACUCUUCUAUUUUAAGAUGAGGAACACUGCCUUUACUGUUCAAUUUAUUAUAAACAGCCAAUUUCACUAUUUCUGGCAUUUCAGGAUAAUUAUAAGUACAUUUUAUUAAGCCAAACAAAAGUUUCAGCUGUCAAGCUUGUUAUUUUUUUAUCUUUCAAAAGAAAAUAAGUUUGUAUUUUGAAUAUCUCAAACAGCUGAUUUUUAAAACAUAUUAAUUAAUCAAAAGGAUGAGGAGCUUAAUUAUCACUUAUAGUUCUAGAAUGUCUUUAAAGCUUUUGAUCAGCAAAGAUUGUAAAGUAUUUAAAUUUUAUUGAAAAGAUUAAUACAUAUUGAAGCUAUUAGAUAUUUAAUGGCUCAAUUUGAAUAUAGUUUAAAAAAUAGUUUAGUUCAAUUAUAGAAGUAAAAGUUAUCAAAAGAAUAAAUGAUUAUUACUUUUCUACAAAACUUUGGUCCAGGAAUAAGCUUUACAGGGCCCAGUAGCCAAUGCUACUAAAAAUUUGGCUGGACCCUUAACUUUUUGCAGAAUAUUCCAUAAGGUCAAUACAAAAUUUUUGCAUUUUAUCAGUUCGGCCUUGAAGUGAAAUUUUAAAUCUUAUUUUCAGGAUUUUGGCAGUAUUACAAUACAUUAUAACAUACAGUGUAUGUCAAAUGAUUCCAAGUGCUUGUCAAAAUGGAAGGACAAUGUCUUCAAAAAUCUGUGUUAUUAAUUCUAUAUCUUUUUUUUUAAAGAUGUAAUGAAUGGAAGGAUGUGUGAUUGUGUAGGUGUGUGUGUGUGUAUGACUGUACUAUGAGAAUAGAUAGAGUUAAGAAGACCAAAUCAUGUGUGAAAUAGGUUGAACAGGUGUGAGGGAGAACUACUCAUGAAUAUUCAAGACAAUUAUGACUGCUUGAAUUCAUAUUGUUCUUAAUAUUUGAUGAAUAUUUAUACAUAUCUGUUUUUAUAGGUCAUUUUACAAUUGUAAAUAAUUAUUAAACUGAAAGUGAAAACCUGA